AUGGUAGUUUGUGUACAUUGUAGUUCUCUUGUUCCGACGUUGUACCACGAAAGUAGUAAGGAAAGUAUAUGUCUGGAAACAUGCGCAUAUUGUGGAGAAAUCGCUGACAAAUACGUAGAGUGGGAUCUUUAUAUAACUGCCAUUGAACUUUUUUUGUUAAAGGUGGCGGUAUUUAGGCAUCUUAUAUAUAACCAAGAUGCAAAACCUUCGGGGGGCAAAAAUGGCACCUCUGCCCGUAAGAGGAUCUCACAUCUGUUGUUAUUAUUUGCUUCCGCUGUAGUUCUAGAUGGUUACCGUGUUAUGGUCACCUGUAGAUUCAUAACUAAAUCGCAAGAGUGGUGUAGUGACAAAAAUCUGAUGCUACAACAGGCAGCGUUGGAAAAAGCAAAAGAAUUUUUCCAGGGCGCCGCUUAUCCCACGCUAAUGACGGCGCAAGAGGCUCAAUUUAGCGCAGAUCACGUCACACCGUUUACGGAUAUUGGGUCGACUACUAACCUGUUUCAAAACAUGGUGCAGUCGAUGUUGGCCUCUUCGCAAAUGAAAAUAAUCAGUGCGCGGAAAGAAAUGGGUAUGUGUGAUGGAUCUAAACCCAGCAGUAUAGUCGACCAGUUCUUUAUACUGUCAUUGCAGGAACCAUCAUUGAUGACCAUGGGCUACCGGACGUGCAAAACGUUUGGUGAGUGGAGCACACUGCUACUGUGCUUAACUAAAUUGGCGGGGUACUGUGCAAGCGUUGUUAUUUUCCAAAAGGUGAUGAGCAGGCAUGGGUACGUCUCUCCCUCCAAUAAUGGGGGCAUCAGCAAAUCGGUAAAAGAGAAGAUUAACGCAACGCCUUCUACCCUGGACGUAUUACUGGCGGUGCUGCUGUGCAUUCAUAUCAAGGCAUUGGUAUUGAUGAUGAUCAUUUGGUACCCACGGCUCCCACUUGUAGGUGCCAUAGAGGUGUAUGCUUACUGUAGCAAUGCAUUGGCAAUUCACGCCACGUGUAAUAUGACAAUGAAACAGUCCUCUAUGGCAGUAGCGAUGGCGAUACUGAUUAAGUUGCUAAUUCAUUGUAUCUGGCUGCGUAGCCAAUACUAA